AAAAACUUGCCAAAGAGAAGAAGCAUUGGAGAGAUGUUCUUAGGAGAAUAAUUGCUUUAGUUAAGACUCUUGCAAAACAAUCCAUUGCCUUUCGUGGAAGCACUGAAAAACUAUAUGAAGAUAACAAUGUAUUUUUUUAGCUAUCAUUGAGAUGCUUGCUGAAUUUGAUCCGGUUAUGCAAGAGCAUGUGAGACGUAUUCAAUCAAAGGAGAUUCAUUAUCAUUAUCUUAGUCAUAAAAUUCAGAAUGAGUUGAUUUUGAGAUCAUCAUCGGGUGUUAAAAAUACAAUUAUCUCACAGAUCAAGGUUGCUAAAUAUUUUUCAAUCAUUCUUGAUUGCACGCCCGAUUCUGCUCACAAAGAACAAAUGACUUUGAUUGUAAGGUGUGUAGAUAUGUCAUCAAACAAGCCUCAAGUUCUUGAAUUUUUCUUAGAGUUUAUCGAAGUGCUUGAUACAUUUGGGUUAGGGCUCUUUGGUGAAUUGGAGCGUAUUUUGGCUUUAUGUGAACUUGACAUUGAUGAUGUGCGUGGACAAGGUUAUGAUAAUGGCUCCAACAUGAAAGGUAAGCAACAGGGGGUUCAAAGAAGAUUGCUUGACAUUAAUCGAAGAGCUUUUUACAUGUCAUGUGCUUGUCAUAGUCUUAAUUUAACCAUUUCAGAUAUGGUGAAUUCUUGUUCUAUAGCUGUUACAUUUUUUGGAUGUGUUCAAAAAUUGUAUACAUUGUUUUCUGGUUCAACAAAAAGAUGGGCAAUUUUGAAAGAAUGUGUACAUGGUUUUACUUUGAAAUCAUUGUCCACCACACGUUGGGAAUGUCGUCUAGAAAGUGUGAAAGCAAUUGCAACCCAAACUCCCCAAAUAAGAGAAGCUUUGAUUAAAUUGGGAAAAGAUUGUCCUGAUUAUUCAUCAAAAAGUGAUGUUAAAAGUGUGCUCAAACAGCUGGAGAGAUUUGAGUUCUUAUUGGGCAUGACAAUAUGGUAUGAAGUUUUGCACCCGAUUAAUGAGGUGAGUAAAUUGUUACAAAGUGAAGAUAUGUGCAUUUAUACUUGUGUGAUGAAUAUGAAUGAUUUGAUUAUUCAUUUAAACAAGUAUAGUGAAGAAGGGUUUGAAGAUGCUCUGAACACCACAAAAGGCAUUGCUCUUGAAAUGGGAUUGGAACCCGGUUUUCCUAAAAAACGCCUGAAGCGUAGGAAAAGAUACUUUGAUGAAGACAAUGAAGAAGAUGAUGAAGAUAAGUCUCCAGAAGAUUCUUUUAAAUGUUUUUAUUUCAAUGUUGUGAUGGAUGCUGCUUUGAUGUCUUUGCAAACUAGAUUUGAUCAGAUGAAGAACUUUCACCGUAUAUUUGGUUUUAUGUUUAGUUCAAGGAACUUGAAAUCGUUGGCUCAUGAUAAAUU